CGAGGUGGGACGGACCGACGCGGAGAGGACGGGAAGCUGCAUCCUGCGGGCCGCCCCCUCCUGAAGCGAGUCAGGGCAACGGCCACAGGCGCCUCUGCUCAGAGCCCACUCCCCUUAUCGUCCCCUUCCCAACAAUGGGUUUGGGCCAGGAAGGAGUCGCCCCACUGCGGGAAGAUCCUUCUUGAAACAAAAAAAUUUUCCUACCUGCUCAUACUUGGUGACAGAGGGGUUACUAAGACUCCCUUCUUGGUCAUUUCUGAGUAUUGUCUGAACUAUUCCUGACACUAUGAAUGCUGUUUGGAUGCCUCUUAAGUCUGUUCUCUGGGGAGGCAGUAAGGGGCUGUGGAGCUGGCCUCGGCAGCGGGAGAGGCUGGACUUCCUGUCUCUCUGUGCUGAAUGGCUGCGAUGGCGCCCGCUCUCACUGAUGCAGCAGCUGAAGCACACCAUAUCCGGUUCAAACUGGCUCCCCCAUCCUCCACUUUGUCCCCUGGCAGUGCCGAAAAUAACGGCAACGCCAACAUCCUUAUUGCUGCCAACGGAACCAAAAGAAAAGCCAUUGCUGCAGAGGAUCCCAGUCUAGACUUCCGAAAUAAUCCUACCAAGGAAGACUUGGGAAAGCUGCAACCAUUGGUGGCAUCUUAUCUCUGCUCCGAUGUAACAUCUGUUCCCUCAAAGGAAUCGUUGAAAUUGCAAGGUGUCUUCAGCAAGCAGACAGUACUUAAAUCUCACCCUCUCUUAUCUCAGUCCUAUGAACUCCGAGCUGAGCUGUUGGGGAGACAGCCAGUUUUGGAGUUUUCCUUAGAAAAUCUCAGAACCAUGAAUACAAGUGGUCAGACAGCUCUGCCACAAGCACCUGUAAAUGGAUUGGCAAAGAAAUUGACUAAAAGUUCAACACAUUCUGAUCAUGACAAUUCCAGUCCCCUUAAUGGGGGAAAACGAGCUCUCACUUCAUCUUCUCUUCAGGGAGGUGAAGUGGUGGCAUCUGAGUCUGGGGACUUGAAGGGGGGUAUGACCAAUUGCACUCUUCCACAUAGAAGCCUUGAUGUAGAACACACAACUAUAUUUAGCAAUAAUAGCACUGCAAACAAAUCUUCUAUAAAUUCCAUGGAACAGUCGGCACUUCAAGGAAGCAGUAGGUUAUCACCUGACACAGACUCUAGUUCUAACUUGGGGAGUGUCAAGUUAGAGGGUAAAAAGUCUCCCCUGUCUUCCAUUCUUUUCAGUGCUUUAGAUUCUGACAAAAGGAUAACAGCUUUACUGAGGCGGCAGGCUGAUAUUGAGAGCCGUGCCCGCAGGUUACAGAAGCGCUUACAGGUUGUGCAAGCCAAGCAGGUGGAGAGGCACAUACAGCAUCAGCUGGGUGGAUUUUUAGAGAAAACUUUGAGCAAACUGCCAAACUUAGAAUCCCUGAGGCCCCGGAGCCAGUUGAUGCUGACUCGAAAGGCUGAAGCUGCAUUGAGAAAAGCUGCCAGUGAGACGGCCACUUCAGAAGGACUCAGCAACUUCCUGAAAAGUGAUUUGGUUUCGGAAGAAUUGGAGAGAUUUACAGCCAGUGGUAUAGCCAACUUGAGGUGCAGUGAACGAGCAUUUGAUUCAGACGUCACUGACAGUAGUUCUGGAGGAGAGUCUGAUGUCGAAGAGGAAGAAUUGACCAGAGCGGAUCCUGAGCAGCGCCAUGUACCCCUGAGGCGCAGGUCAGAAUGGAGGUGGGCUGCAGACCGAGCAGCUAUUGUCAGCCGCUGGAACUGGCUUCAGGCUCAUGUUUCUGACCUGGAAUAUCGAAUUCGGCAGCAAACAGAUAUUUACAAACAGAUACGUGCUAACAAGGGUUUGAUAGUUCUUGGAGAGGCGCCUCCCCCAGAGCACACAGCAACAGAUUUAUUUCUUCCACUUAGUUCUGAGGUGAAGACAGAUCAUGGGAAUGAUAAAUUGAUCGAGUCUGUUUCUCAGCCACUGGAAAACCAUGGUGCCUCUGGUCAUCCUUCAGAGUCAUUAUCUAAAUCAUGUGGAGCAUUGAGACCUGUCAAUGGAGUUAUUAACACUCUUCAACCUGUCUUGGCAGACCACAUUCCAGGUGACAGCUCUGAUGCUGAGGAACAAUUGCAUAAAAAGCAACGACUGAAUCUAGUUUCUUCAUCAACUGAUGGCACCUGUGUAGCAGCCCGAACACGUCCUGUGCUGAGCUGUAAGAAGCGGAGGCUUGUUCGACCCAACAGCAUUGUUCCUCUUUCCAAGAAGGUUCACCGGAACAGCACGAUGCGCUCUGGCUGUGACGUGAACCCUUCCUGUGCGCUGUGCGGCUCAGGCAGCACCAGCACCGUGCCUCCAGAAAUCCACUAUGAAGCCCCUCUGUUGGAACGCCUUUCCCAGUUGGAUUCUUGUGUUCACCCAGUUCUAGCAUUUCCAGAUGAUAUUCCCACAAGCCUGCACUUCCAGAGCAUGCUGAAAUCUCAGUGGCAGAACAAGCCUUUUGACAAAAUCAAACCUCCAAAAAAGUUUUCACUUAAGCACAGAGCACCCAUGCCAGGCAGUCUGCCAGAUCCAACUCGUAAAGACAGGCACAAGUUGGUCAACUCCUUCCUAACAACAGCGAAGCUGUCCCAUCACCAAACCCGGCCUGACAGGACCCACAGGCAGCACUUAGACGAUGUGGGGGCUGUGCCUAUGGUGGAUCGAGUGACAGCGCCAAAAGCAGAGCGCUUGCUCAACCCACCGCCACCAGUGCAUGACCCAAACCACAGCAAAAUGAGAUUGCGAGACCAUUCAUCUGAGAGAAGUGAAGUGUUGAAGCAUCACACGGACAUGGGCAGUUCGAGCUACUUGGCGGCCACCCACCAUCCACCACACAGUCCCUUGGUGCGACAGCUCUCUGCCUCAUCAGACACUUCUGCACCCACCAGCUCUAGCCCACAGGUUACAGCCAGCACGUCUCAGCCAGUGAGGAGGAGAAGGGGCGAGAGCUCAUUCGAUAUUAACAACAUCGUCAUCCCAAUGUCUGUGGCUGCAACGACCCGUGUAGAGAAGCUACAGUACAAGGAGAUCCUGACUCCCAGCUGGCGGGAGGUCGAUCUUCGGUCUCUGAAGGGGAGUCCUGAUGAGGAGAACGAGGAGAUCGAGGACCUUUCUGACGCAGCCUUUGCCGCCCUGCAUGCCAAAUGUGAGGAGAUGGAGAGGGCUCGGUGGCUGUGGACCACGAGUGUGCCACCCCAGCGGCGGGGCAGCAGGUCUUACAGGUCAUCAGACGGUCGAACCACCCCCCAGCUGGGCAGUGCCAAUCCCUCCACCCCCCAGCCUGCCUCCCCUGAUGUCAGCAGUAGCCACUCUUUGUCGGAGUUCUCUCACGGUCAGUCCCCCAGGAGCCCCAUUAGCCCGGAACUGCACUCGGCCCCCCUCACUCCUGUGGCUCGGGACACUCUACGACACCUGGCCAGCGAAGACACCCGAUGCUCCACACCGGAGCUGGGGCUGGAUGAACAGUCUGUCCAGCCAUGGGAGCGGCGAACCUUCCCCCUGGCGUACAGUCCCCAGGCAGAGUGUGAGGACCAACUGGAUGCACAGGAACGGGCGUCCCGCUGCACUCGGCGCACCUCAGGCAGCAAGACUGGCCGGGAGACAGAGGGGGCGCCCACCUCGCCUCCCGUCGUUCCCCUCAAGAGUCGGCAUCUGGCGGCAACAGUCACAGCUCAGCGUCCAGCUCACAGAUGAGUGGGAUCCGAGCAUCUAAACAGACUCACUAACUAUUGGCAUUAAAGCUUCAGAAAUCUCUGCGUUUGAUAUUCAAACAUCAUAUGCCGAAAAUUUUCACAGUUUUUAGUGAAUUUAAGGAAUUUAGAUUCUA